AUGCAAAGACGCACCGAAAAUCACGAUAUCGCCGAUUCUCUUUUACUGGAAUUAUUUCUUCAGCAACUACCAUCUAAUGUGCAAUCGAUUCUUGCCUCAAUACAGCCUUUGACACCUCAAAAUUCCUCUGAAAUAGCCUACAAAAUACUGGAUAUAACACCAAACCAGGUAAUUGCUGUUUCGAAUUCAACUGCUACAGCUGAUUCUGAACUGUUAUCAGAAAUUAAAAUGUUGCGUAAAGAAAGUGCACAGAUGCGUCGCCAUUCCAGAAGUCAUUCACGGAAUCGCCAACCUCGUUUUCGACAGAAAAGCCCAUCCAGUAAUGAUGAUAUCUGUUGGUAUCAUAGGAAGUACGACUCCAAAGGGCAUAAAUGCAUUCCGCCUUGCAAUUUGCAGCCAAACCUCAACAGCAAGCAGUAG